CAAAGUUGAUAAGUGUCAUGUUUUGCUAACAUUGCAAUUUGUGCUUGCCGACGACGAGUCAUUAAAAUGAGUCAAAUACCUUUUUAAAUUUGCCUUGACCAAACGGAUAAAAAAUGGAACUUGAGAAAGUAUUUAAAAAGUAUGAUUUUGCUCAUGCUACUGAGGACAAAGAAGAAGAAUUGAUAGAAAUACUUCAUCGCAAUAAAGGAGAUUUUGAGGAUGCUGGCAAUUUACAAAAUAUUCAAAAAAGUGUAUCUGUCCUACAACAGAAGAUUUGUGUAAAAGGUUAUCCUGUAGAUGGGACCCCAGGCUAUGAUAUGGCCAUGCGCUCCAUCGAAGUCAUCAGGGGUGUUAUGGACUGUAGUGUGGAUGAUGACAGAAUAAAGGAGAAAGAUUGUCAGAAGAUGUUAUUUGAUUUCCUGCUGGCAUGCCUACGUACAGGACCGGGAUCUACCAACAUGGAAAUCAUACCGAAACUCCUCAAAACUCAGGAGCUGGAUGAUUGUAUAGAGGAAAUGAAAGAGGCUGAGUUGAAAAAGAUCUUUGCUGCACUAAAGGAAGUCAGUCACACCUCGGAGGAGCCCAAAGUAUCUAUAGAGGACCAGGCUAGUGCCUGGGACGAUUGUAUUAGUGGAGUGAUUUUAGAUUUUCUCAGUGAAAAUAAACACAUCAACACGACGGAGUGCCAGGACAUGUUGCUGGACCUGUACAUGUUUUAUUACAUGAGGAUGACGGACCUGCCUGUAGAAUACGGCAUGGCUUUACAUAGAGUGAUGUUCAGGAUACAGGAGUUCUACAGAGAGGACUACAACCUCAAUCCAUUCAAGGCUGUACAAAGUAAAGAUGUUACCAGCAAACACCUAGUAACUAUACAAAAUGUAAUCUGUGAUGACAAAUUUGGAAGGAGUCAGAAACAAGUGGAUAUGACAGUGAACCUUGUCAAGCUUGUACUCUACAGCAUCAGUGAGAAGGCAAAAGACUUGAAAGACAUUUUGGACAGUCUUCUAACUUUUAUGAAGAAAGUGGCCUUUUCAAAACAAGGUGCUAAAUUUCCUAAAGUAAUGGAACCAUUCGGGUAUAAUCUCUUUGAAAAACUGCCGGAAGAUUCCUUCAAGGAACACCCCGAGAUGGUAGACAAAUGGGCACCUGCAUUUGCAGAGAUACUUCUGAAGGCUUCGUCGGUGAAAUCCUUAGAGACAUGGGCCUACAGGAUGGCAGACACAGUACAGGAAUUGGCUGAAGUAAAGAAGGAAUCUGCUACUCUCUGGUUUCCUGUUGUGAAGGGUCUCCUCAGAUGUGGUCAAAAGGACAGUGCAGAUAUAGCAAGCAAAAUUCUGGAUGAUCCAAAAUUCAGAAAAAUUUGGACAUGGAAAAAAAAUUACAAACAGGCUGUUGAAAUGAUUGAAAUUAUUAGCACUGUGAACUUUCCAACAAGUGGAAGUGACAAUGAUGCCCGAUUACUUCGUUCUCAUGGAGAUAACCUCAACAGCCUUCUGGAACAGCUGACAAUUGUCAAAGUUGCAGACAAAGCUAUGGGAGGUGUGGCUAACUUUGUGGUAAACAUGAUGGAGAAACGAUCAGAGGCUCUCAAUGAGUUUGCACAGGGAUUCGCAGGCAGCAUUUCACUAGAGAACAACAAGGAGGUAAUCCCUGACUUAAUCAAGAAGUUUUCAGUCCUGUACAUGGAUGAAGACUACCCCUGGGAUGAUAGGGACACACAGAGAUUAGGGGACAACAUCUUUGAUAUAGUCCUUAAUGCAUACAGCUCAAGAAAGGAAAUCCCCAGUGAGGUGAAUGAAACCAUGAUCAAGAUGUUGCUGUACACCAUGGAAACAGAGGAUCUCGAUUAUAUAGAUGUGGUUACAGGUCAAAUCAGCAUUUAUGGCAGUGUGGCAUCUUCUCGUCUCGUACGCUUUGUACAAAAGCAUCUUGGCAGUGACAGUGCUGAUAAAGUCUUGGCACCACUGAUACCCGCCAUCAUAAAACAGCUAGAACAUGAAGAUGAGAAUCUAAAGACAGGAGCUCGCAAUGUUCUGUCACUGGCCAGUAGCCAGUCACCUCAAUUACUCAGUCCUUAUAUGAAGCCAAUGAUACAGUGGUACAAGGCUACUCGCUCCUCUGAGGCUUUGUCUGCCGUUUGGAGGCCGUAUAAAGAGGGUGAUGGGAUGUCAGAAGAAGAUUUUAUCGACUUGAUGAAAGCUAUCAAACAAGACAAGGAUGCUGACUCAGGAUCGAUGCAGUCUGUGAUUUUGAUGGAUAUCGGUGAAAAACAACCAGAGCUGUUUACACAAGAGAGUGUUGACAUGAUGUUGACAGAAAGAUUCGUGGACAACAAAGAUGAUCAGUACAGGAUUUUAUUGGCAUUGAGUUAUGUCAUUCCUAAGAAGCCAAAAUUGUUUGGAAAGAACAUUGUUGAACGUGUUCUGAAGAAUCCAAAACUGAACUUAACCUUCACGUCUGCUCUACAAACCAUUGGUGUUGCAUUGGCCUUCCAUCACAAGGAGUUAGCAGAUACGGUUCUGGAUGACUUUGUGAAGCUUUCGAAAAAGUGUGAAAGUCCUGUCUACAAGGUGGCAUUGAUUGAUGGAAUUCAUACCAUAGGUACUCAGCACGGAACAGAGAGACUGAAGCCGUACCGACCAUACAUUGAGGAACUACAGAAAGACGGGGACACUGGUGGAAUCAAAGACAUGGCUACAUCCAUUCUUAAUGCGAUGGAUGGUAUAAGUGUGGAAGGCAUAGUGGAGGAUGUAAAACAACAGAAGGGAGACAUCAAUGUCCUCAGCACCCAGGUCACCAAGACUUCACAGAAAGUCGAUGUGGUGGAUAAAAAAGUGGACAAGCAGGGAAAGGAAAUCAAAACGGUCAAAACUGGACUUAAAACUGUCAAUAAGCGUGUGGAUGUUGUAGAAAAAGAUUUGGAUGAAACCAAGAUCAAAGUUGAGGAGGUUGACAACAAGACGAUGACCAAUGCCCCUAAAUGGUCAAGAGAUUUGACCAAGCUGAUGAAUCCUACCACAGAACAUGAUUGGAGACUUCUGGCCCAGAGGUUAGCGUACACCCCAGAUGACAUUAAAGGCUGGGCGACCCAACAUGACCCCUGUAUGGGCCUCCUCAGUGAGUGGUACGCCACCCACAAGACGAUAGAGGCCACCCACGCUGUACUUACUGCCCUACAGGAGAUGAACAGGAUGGAUGCUGCCGCCAUUGUAGAGAAUGCCAUGAAGGCUGUAGAGGGGGUUGUAGAGGAAGAGGUAGAUUAUGCCACACCUCCACCUAUCUUCCUUAGUUACCAGUGGGGUCAUCAGAAUGAGGUCAAGUUGUUACGGAACCACUUACAAAUGGCUGGAUAUGAGUGCUGGAUGGACAUUGGACAAAUGGGAGGUGGCGACAAACUGUUUGAGAAGAUUGACAAUGGAAUCCGUGGGGCAAAAAUCAUCAUAUGUUGUGUGUCGGAAAAGUAUUCCAAAUCUCCCAACUGUAACAGAGAGGUGAACCUAUCCACAAGCCUGGGAAAGCCCAUGAUUCCCCUCCUGAUGGAGAAGAUGAGCUGGCCCCCUAGGGGCUCCAUGGGACCCAUCUUCAGCGAGUACCUGUUUGUGAGGUUCUUCCAGCGAGGUGGGGAGGAGACUGAUGACCAACGCUACUGGCCAGUUCCUAAGUUCCAGGAAUUGUUGAUGCAACUCAACAUGUAUAAAGCCAUGCCUGACGAAUCUCUUAUCACCGGAGAGUACAAGGAUUGGUGGACUCCUGUGGCAGAGGAAAUCGUCAUUACCAAAAAGAAAGGAGAUGGAGGUCAAAGUUCAACAGGAAAUAAAGAAACUACACAGGAAGAAGAAACAUCUCCAGACGUGUUCCUAUCGUACCAGUGGGGCAAACAGAAGGAGAUUAAACAGCUGUACAGGAGGCUGAACGAACUUGGCUACAGCUGCUGGAUGGAUAUUUACCAGAUGGGAGGAGGGGACUCGCUCUAUGACAAGAUUGACAGGGGUGUCCGUGGCUGUAAAGUCAUCCUGAGUUGUGUAACCACCAAGUAUUCCCUAUCGGCCAACUGUCGGAGGGAGGUGAGUCUGGGAGAUUCUCUCAAGAAGCCAAUGAUUCCCUUGCUGCUGGAGAAGAUCGACUGGCCCCCUGCUGGACCAAUGAGUAUGGUCUUCACACAGCUUCUGUUUAUCAAUUUCUACCGUGAUGAAAACAUCCAGAUGUCCUGGGACGGCAGCAAAUUUGAUGAACUCCAUGGUAAAAUCAAUGAAUAUAUCCUGCCUAUAUCGAAUGGGGAUCAAAAAACAGCAGUCAAAGGUCCUGACAAAACAUCUAAAGGAGCAACAAAACCUGUCGACCAAACAAAGGGGGCAGCACCUAAAGGAGCAACAAAAACUGUGGACCAACCAAAGGGGGCAGCACCUAAAGGAGCAACAAAACCUGUGGACCAAAAAAAGGGGGCAGCACCUAAAGAAGGAACAAAAACUGUGGACCAACCAAAGGUGGCGGCACCAAAAGGAGCAACAAAAACUGUGGACCAACCAAAGGGGGCGGCACCUAAAGGAGCAACAAAACCUGUGGACCAACCAAAGGUGGCAGCACCAAAAGGAGCAACAAAACCUGUCGACCAAACAAAGGGGGCAGCACCUAAAGGAGCAACAAAAACUGUGGACCAACCAAAGGGGGCAGCACCUAAAGGAGCAACAAAACCUGUCGACCAACCAAAGGGGGCAGCACCUAAAGGAGCAACAAAACCUGUCGACCAACCAAAGGGGGCAGCACCUAAACCUGCAAACCAAUCAAAAGAGCAGACAGCUCCGAAAGAAGAAACAAAACCAGAUCCUCCAAAUAAAAAGUCUUCAGCUUGUGUACUACUGUAAAACCAAACGGCUAUAUAGCACAGCUUGUGUACUACUGUAAUACCAAACAGCUAUAUAGCACAGCUUGUGUACUACUGUAAUACCAAACGGCUAUAUAGCACACCUUGUGUACUACUGUAAUACCAAACGGUUAUAUAGCACAGCUCGUGUACUACUGUAAUACCAAACAGCUAUAUAGCACACCUUGUGUACUACUGUAAUACUAAACGGCUAUAUAGCACAGCUCGUGUACUGUAAUACCAAACAGCUAUAUAGCACAGCUUGUGUACUACUGUAAUACUAAACGGUUAUAUAGCACAGCUUGUGUACUACUGUAAUACCAAACAGCUAUAUAGCACACCUUGUGUACUACUGUAAUACCAAACAGCUAUAUAGCACAGCUUGUGUACUACUGUAAUACUAAACGGCUAUAUAGCACAGCUUGUAAUACCAAACAGCUAUAUAGCACAUCUUGUGUACUACUGUAAUACCAAACAGCUAUAUAGCACAGCUUGUGUACUACUGUAAUACCAAACAGCUAUAUAGCACAGCUUGUGUACUACUGUAAUACCAAACGGCUAUAUAGCACAGCUUGUGUACUACUGUAAUACCAAAUGGCUAUAUAGCACAGCUUGUGUACUACUGUAAUACCAAACGGCUAUAUAGCACAGCUUGUGUACUACGUAACUGUAAUACCAAACGGCUAUAUAGCACAGCUUGUGUACUACUGUAAUACCAAACAGCUAUAUAGAACAGCUUGUGUACUACUGUAAUACUAAACGGCUAUAUAGCACAGCUUGUGUACUACUGUAAUACCAAACGGUUAUAUAGCACAUCUUGACAUGACGUAUAAUGCUCACAACACCAUAUAUUAAUAGGAUGAAGGCGAGAGAAGAAAAAAGUUUGGCGUUAGAUUAUUUUUGUGCUGAGAGAUGCUGCAUUUUCUUCUUUGUUUCAUCUGAGAAAGACUGGCGAAAAGAUUGAUAAACUUUGUUCAUCUAUGUAGAUUAAUUACAUGUAGAUGACUUAUUUAUCCUUAAUCUGCCCAUCUGUUUAAUUCUCCAAUUAAAAGUAGAGUUUGGAUCAUUAUAGAAGUACAAAUCUUUUCUAAUGAAUUGCAAAAUAUAUGGAUGAGUUUUUUACAAGGUAUGGUCUUACUACCCAAAAAUAUGGUAAGAUAUCCAGGUAAAAAGACAUAUAAUAAGAUUUUAGUUUAUGGUUUAGGUUACUGAAUUGGUUGAUUGGUAGUUAGUUUGAUAAAUUUGGGUGAUAUAUACAGGCCCAUGUCUAAGUAUUCCUAUCUUUAAAGAUAUAUAAGAUUUUAUAUGUAUUUGCUACUUAUCAGUUUUUUACAUGAUUUUUACAUUCUAUGUACAUUAGAUAUAGUUUUUAUUAGUUUUACUCAAUCCGUCCACCUUUUGCCAGUUUGUGAUAUACAUUCCAUACAUAUUUGUUUAGCUGUGAUAUCUUUACUAUAGAGUAUUUAUUUUUGUUUAAAUGCUGUAUAAGUAUUCUCCAAUAACAAAUUGAUAUUUGAUUAAUUACAGAAAUGACUUACCUCACCUUUUUAGUCCACCGUUAUCGGAUUGUAUCAGUGGUCUGUCGUCCGUUCAUUGCAUUGGAGGGUUUUUGCUCAAACUUCACUGGUACGUUCCCUUUGGUCCUUAGUUGUGUCAAUUCAAUUUUGAUAGCGAUUAGGAAAACCAAAUGACCGACAGGGAGCCAUCUUGGAUUUUGACAGAUGAAGUUUUUCAUUGCUACUUCCUGAAAAAUACUGGAGUGAUUUUUCUCCAACUUAACAUUUAGAUUUCCCUUGGUCCUUAGUUGCCCAUUUAAAAAAUAAAAUGGUCAUAAGGCAGCCAUCUUGGAUUUUGACAAUUACUAUUUCUUGAAAAGUGCUGAAGGGAUAUUUAUCAAACUUCACAUGUAGGUUUCCCUUAGUCCAUUGAUGUGAAUAUAUAAUUAUGAGUCUUAAUUCACAUCGAGAUCAGAAAUCAAGGUCAAAGAUCAAGGUCCAAAGGUCAAGGUCUAAACUUGUAUCUCAUAUUAUACUGAUGAUCAUGUUGUUAUGACAAUAUUUCUAAUACACACAAUCUUGUGUAGUACAGCAAUAUUCCUGAAAUUAUGUCAUGAUAUGUUCUUUCAUUUUGAAUCACAUGCUCUGAAAAUAGUAUGUACUCUUUGCUUUCAGCAGCAGACAAUUUUGAAAUCUUGCUGUUUUCAAUCACUUUCAGACAAUCAUACCAUUGUGUUGUUAUAGUUAAAUCAUACAGUGAUAUUGUGUAUUUGUUGUUUUUGCAUAUUGAAUGAAAUUAUAUUUUCUCAAAAUUAAGGGGGAAAAUCAUUAGUAUUGCUGCAAUUUUUGAGAAAAAAUACUGUUUUUUUUCCAUUUGUUAGCUUUUUUAAUAGCUAUUUUAAAUUUCAGGGUAAAAAACUAGUACAAUGAAAAUAUUUCCUAUAAAUCUCUGUCAAGCACUUCUGUAUGAUAUACAGUGUAUUAGUUAUACAGGGUGUUUUGAUAAUAGAUUAAUUGUUAAAUAUAUUUAAUUGACACAGUAUCAUUUAUAUAGGGCAUGUCAUGUACGCCAAUACAGUGUAGUGGGUUAAUUAAUGAAAAGCAAGUCAAAGAUGAUUUAAGUUUCUAUUUCUAAUUAUCAUAUACACUGUAUGAUGUAUAUAUAUAGUUUAUUUCUUUUGUAUUUGCAUUUACAUGAUUUUUUUUUCUUUUUUAAACAUUUCAUAUAAGAUAGUGCCAUAAUAAUGUUUAUUUGUUAAUUAUAUCAGAAUUGUUUUACACUAAAUCAUUUCGAGUUUGUAGGAUUAACACUUUUACAUGUUUUAUAUCAUCAACUUACAUUCCAUUCUUGUAUUUAUUUUUAUACCCAAACUUGGUAAAAUGGGUUACUAAAUUAUUAUUACUAUAAUAAUUAAUAGAUUUUGCCCUUUGACUUUUGUUGGUCAUGUUUAAUUUUGAGACUGAUUGAGAAAUAUGGUUGACAGUAUCUUUGAUUUUGAGUAGGUUAACUAAGUGUGUCGAUACUGCUAUUUCUCUAAAGGUACAUCAUAUUUAAGAACAUCAGUUAUUUUUUCAAUGAAUUCUUUUUUAGACUUUAUAUCUUAAAUAUGUAUUUGUUAUACAUCAAUAAGCGCAAUCAAUAAUGUGUAAUAAUUGUGUGGUUUUACAGUUUGCGGGUGAAUUCAACUUUAUCUCUACAUGUAUGUACAUGACCUUUAAUAUUCCUGUGGUGUAUAGAGUUGCAGCCAAAACACAAUCACAUCAUCAUUUCUAAUUCUGUCAAAACUGCGUGAUUCUGAAUCUCGGCCUCGACACAUAUCACAUUUAACAGAAUUUUCUCCCUUGUCAGUGCCUUUGAUGCUUAUUGUGUAAUUAUUAUUAUGAAUUUUAUACUGCCAUCUAUAUAAGGGCCGCAAUAGCUCAGUCGGUUAGAGCACCAGUCUUGUAAACCGGUGAAGAUCCAAAAUGAAUGGUGCGACAUUCGACCCUUAUCCACGUUUGUUUGCUUUUCUCUGGAAUAUGAGAAAGUGGCCGAUCUGUGCUGUCAUGGUUGUGUCUAGGGGCAAGACACUUUACUGUACCUGUAAUUGCUCUUGAUGUCAUGUGUCGGGCCUCCUGUUAAUGUUGUUCAGUGAGGUCGCUACCUACUACUGUACUACUAUGGGAGACCCCACCUCGAAAUGACCCUGGCUGUUCACGGGGUGAUGAACCCAACAAACAAACAAAAAUCCAGAAGUUCCUUUACACUUUGCAGACAUUCUUUUGAAAUUCAUUAAUUCUGUUAUUUAUACAAAUCCUCAAAAUGCUACAUUUUUGUAAUAUUGUGUCUUUUUCAAAAUUUUGUUAAAUAUUAAGCAUUUUUCUCAGAAUAACCUACUAAUCAUUUGUUUGAAGGGAUAUUACAUAGAAUGUAAUGCUAAAGUACCACUUUUUAAAAAAAGUAUGCAUUUAUGGAAUAUAUGUCCAUUGCUUGAUCCUCCCUGAAACUUCAUCAAGGUGGUGGUAUCUUCAUAAGAAAAAUUGCCAUUGUCACUGACAAAAUAAUAAUCUUCAAGACAUUACAAAGACAGUUAAUUUUAAGUUAAUUUUUUCUAAUACACUUAACAUAUGUCAACAUGUCAAAAGAGUGUGUGUAGUUUUUCAGCUCACCUGUGGUGUUGUGUUCAUCGUCUGGUCGACUGGCUGUUCUGACACAUGGCAUCAACUUUUCUCUUGAAACAACUUCUGCUCAAAAACCUAGAGCUCUAGAGACCUGAUAUUGGGCCUGUAGCAUGUUUGUGUAAAUGAAUGACAUUGACCUAAUUUAAGAUCACUGAGGUCAAAUGUGUUAAAAUCUUUAAACAGUGAUUUUUCUAUGACCAAGAGACACAAAAUCAGUUUAAUGACCUAGAUCAACUUCAAUGUUGCUUAAGAAGCAGGUGAGACAGACCCAUUAGGCCUCUUGUACAUGGAUGGCAGUAUAUUGUAAUAUGAGUAAUACAAUGGCGUGAUUUUUUCAGACGAUUUUAAUCCAGAUGAAAUAAACUUCUUACUGAUUUAC